AUGCCGCCCAAAAAACGUGCAUAUGUACCAAAGACGAAGGGUCACGGCCUUGGUAUUCGACAUCGGUUCAACAAGGGUGUUGCUGCGAGAGGAAAGUGGGCUGGCAAGACUAUCGACAGGGUUUAUGAGGAGAAUGAAUGGAAAGUCUCUUCAGCUGACAGGGACGCAUCAGCAUCAUCGGCAUCAAGGUCAGCCGCAGAUACAAACCCGGAAACCACGGAACCGCAUCAUGAUGACAAUGAUGAUCAACAAGACGACGAUAUUGAGUAUAUCACAUCGGACAAUGAGAUCUACGAUCUUGUGCUAGCAGAUUCACAAGCACCCGCAGACCGUGAAAUUUUCAUGACACUCUUCUUGAAAGGAGUUCCGGACAACAUACCACCAUGGAAAAGGAACCUAUUCAUGACAUUCUCGCGCUGCAUAUCCACGGAGAUGGUAGCCAUAGACGGCCUUCACAAUGACUGGCGCCACCUCCUUCUUCCACUCGCUCAACAAGACGAACUGGUUAUGGACGCCGUCCUCACAGUCUCGGCCUUUCACUUCCACAUCAACAAGCUCGACAAUAAUUUCAAGAAGAACCAGAAGCAGUACUCCCCUUUCGGGACAAACACAUAUGACUCUUACGUGCCAGAUCCAUAUCAACUUCUGGGCCGAACGCUUCAGGGCCUGCGACAACGUCAAGAACUUGUAUCCAACAACCAAACUACCCAGCACUCUGUUCUAAUUAGUCUUUUAUUAUUGAUGACAUCUGUACUUGUCACAGGUGGUUCAGACUUUCCUGUUCUUCUUCGGAUGCUCGAGUCAGCGCUGGACGCUAUCGGGGGAAAGGAAGGGCUGGGUACUGGCAUACUGGCUGGUUUUAUCAUGCGUGAGCUUCACAAGAUCCGAGUAUAUGCUGCCCCACAUCUUGGAGAAGAAACAGGUCUACAGACGAUCUCAUCACAAGCUCGAACAGACCAACUUUUCGGUUGUCUCAACCACUGUCUCCAGCUGUACCCAGAACAUGCACCACUCUUCUCGCAAGUCUCAAGUCUAGUCUAUCAAGCUCGAGAUAUCUAUCUCCAACAAGUCCUCUCCGAUCACACCUCCAACUUCUUCGAUUUUGACCCCAUACCCACCAAUCCCGAGUCGGUCGCACGCGUGCAGCGCUUCAUCGAGGCACUCGAACAAUUUCCAGAAACUUCCCCAGUGGCGCAUAUGUUGGUCUGGACGACCUUUGUGGCGGCGUCGGAUGCACAGCUUGAAGAGCACAAGAUUUAUUUCGAGAAUGUUUUGAGACGACAUCAUGCGAGAAGUGGGUUUGGAAAUUUGUUGAAGGGUAUUGAGGCGUUGAAGAGGAUGUGGAGUAGAAAGCCUGGAGAGAGAUGGACGACCCUUCUACCACAGACAAAGGUUCUCGUUGCAUGA